AUGGACAGAGGAUGGAAGCUGCCUGGGAUUGUCAGCACUGGGAUUCUCCUGCUGGCUGCCUGUCGGAUCUAUACAAGCGCCUGCCCAGCUCUGUGUAUCUGUGCAGGGACCGCUGUGGACUGUCACGGUCUAGGGCUGAGAUCAGUGCCCAAGAAUAUCCCGAGGAGUACCGAGAGACUGGAACUCAAUGGAAACAAUAUCUCACGGAUCAGUAAGAGUGACUUCGCAGGACUCAGGCACAUUAGGGUCCUACAACUCAUGGAGAAUCACAUCAGCACCAUUGACCAAGGGGCAUUUGACGACAUGAAGGAGCUGGAGAGAUUGCGGUUGAAUCGGAAUCAGUUACAGAUCUUGCCAGAACUACUCUUUCAGAAGAACCCUACGCUCUACAGACUUUCCUUGAAAGUGGAGUCGCAGGUAGAUAGGAUAGUGAAGAAGGCAUUUGGGGGCAGCUCACGGCUGAGGAUGCUGCAACUUGAUAAAAACCAAAUUACUUGCAUUGAGGAAGGGGCGUUCCGUGCCCUCAGGAGCCUGGAAGUUCUGACCCUGAAUAACAAUAAUAUCAGUAGUAUCCCUGUCUCCAGCUUUAACCACAUGCCAAAGCUUCGCACCUUACAGACAGCUGCUGAGCCGACUCCAUCAACACACAGAGCUGUGGAACGGGCAGGAGGUCAUUCAGAUAGCUCUCGGACCCAAUCCUGCGGCUUGGCUUCUGGGUCAUGUCCUGCUGUGUGCACUUGCAGCAACAGCAUCGUUGACUGUCGAGGCAAAGGCCUGACUGCCAUUCCUGCCAAUCUCCCCGAGACCAUCACUGAAAUACGUUUGGAACAGAAUGGAAUUAAAUCAGUUCCACCAGGAACGUUUACUCCGUACAAGAAGCUCCGACGUAUAGAUCUCAGCAACAACCAGAUUGCUGAGAUUGCACCUGAUGCUUUCCAGGGACUGCGUUCACUUAAUUCUCUGGUCUUGUAUGGAAACAAAAUCAACGAGCUUCCAAAAGGAGUGUUUGAUGGACUCUACGCUCUACAGCUCCUACUCCUGAACGCCAAUAAAAUCAACUGCAUUCGAGCUGAUGCCUUUCAAGAUCUCCAGAACCUCAGCCUCCUCUCUCUAUACGACAACAAGAUCCAGACACUGGCCAAAGGGACUUUCACCUCACUGCGGGCCAUCCAGACUCUGCACCUAGCCCAAAACCCCUUCAUCUGUGACUGUCACCUCAAGUGGCUCGCUGACUACCUUCGCUCCAAUCCGAUCGAGACCAGUGGGGCUCGCUGUGCUAGUCCGCGGCGCUUGGCAAACAAGAGGAUCGGGCAGAUCAAAAGCAAGAAGUUCCGCUGCUCAGCAAAAGAACAGUAUUUCAUCCCAGGUAAGAGGCUCGGACUGAAUGCAUUGGUACCAUGUACUGAAGAUCACCGUUUGGGGAGUGAAUGCAAUGGAGACACAGUCUGCCCACCACAGUGCCGCUGUGAGUCCAACGUAGUCGACUGUUCCAACCAGAAACUGACCAAGGUCCCAGAGUUCAUCCCUCAGUCGACCCUGGAACUACGUUUGACUAACAACGAGAUUUCACAUUUGGAAGCCACUGGUCUGUUCCGGAAGCUUCCACAGUUGAGAAAAAUAAACCUGAGUAAUAACAAGAUUGUGGAAAUUGAGGAUGGAACAUUUGAAGGUGCCUCUUCAGUCAGUGAGUUACAUCUUACAGCCAAUCAGCUCGAUUCUAUAAGAAGCGGGAUGUUUCGGGGGCUUGAUGGAUUACGAACUUUGAUGCUGAGAAAUAAUCGCAUCAGCUGUAUCCACAACGACAGCUUCACGGGACUGAGUGCCGUGCGCCUGCUCUCACUCUAUGACAACCACAUUGCUACGAUCACACCAGCUGCUUUCGACACCCUGCACUCACUCUCUACUCUCAACCUCCUCGCAAACUCCUUUAACUGUAACUGCCAGCUUGCAUGGCUCGGAGAGUGGCUGAGGAAGAGGAAGAUUGUCAGUGGGAACCCACGAUGCCAGAAGCCUGACUUCCUGAGAGAGAUCCCCCUGCAGGACGUGGCCCAUCAGGACUUCCGUUGUGAAGAAGGUUAUGAAGAGAGUAGCUGUGUCCCUCGUCCUCAGUGCCCUGCAGAGUGCACCUGCCUGGAGACUGUUGUUCGCUGCAGCAACAAGCACCUGAGAUCUCUGCCAAAAGGCAUCCCAAAGAAUGUAACUGAACUGUACCUGGAUGGUAACCAGUUCAGUUCAGUUCCCACCAUACUCUACACUUUCAAACAUCUACAGCUGGUGGACAUGAGCAACAACAGGAUCAGUUCGUUGACCAACACGUCUUUCAUCAACAUGAGUCAGCUGACUACCCUGAUUCUCAGUUACAAUUCCUUACGAUGUAUCCCUGUCUCAGCGUUCCAGGGUCUUCGCUCUCUCCGGCUCCUGUCACUACAUGGGAAUGACAUCUCUACACUUCCAAAGGGAAUCUUUGCUGAUGUGGCCUCUUUAUCACAUCUUGCCAUUGGAGCUAACCCCCUCUACUGUGAUUGCAAUCUUCUCUGGCUUUCAGACUGGGUCAAAACUGGGUAUAAAGAGCCUGGCAUUGCCCGCUGUGCUGGACCAGGAGACAUGGAGGGCAAGCUCCUCUUAACCACUCCAGCCAAGAGAUUCCAGUGUCACGGUAAGGAGGCUGCUUUUCCUCUCAGUGCACCUGGAGGUCCACCUGAACUCAGCAUCUUGGCAAAGUGUAACCCCUGUGUGUCGAACCCGUGUGAGAACCAAGGAACCUGCCAAGACGAUCACUCGGAUUAUUACAAAUGCAGCUGCCCGUAUGGCUAUAAGGGCAGGCACUGUGAGACUCCGAUCAGUGCCUGUAUCAGUCAUCCUUGUGAGAAUGGAGGGACAUGCCAUGUGAAGGAGGGAGACUCUCAGUCAUUCUGGUGUACCUGCCCAGACGGUUUCCAGGGGAACACCUGUGCUACCAAUAUUGAUGACUGUGAAGAAAACGCUUGUAGAAAUGGUGCUACCUGUUUGGAUGGAAUCAGUAACUACACCUGCCUGUGUCCCCCACAUCACACAGGUGUGACCCUGUUCUCUGUCUCUAUAGGUGAUCUGUGUGAGGAGGUGGUUGAUCAUUGCUCACCUGAGUUAAACCCGUGCCAGCAAGACUCCAAAUGUGCAGUUACUGCCAAGGGGCUCAAGUAA